UAAUAUGGCUCUUUAUUACAACAUCUCUUUCUUCUUGUUAUUGUUAUUAAUGACUCCUAAUCUUGAACUUUCGCUAGUGAAAAGUUGCUUUCUUGCACCAAAAAUUCAGGUACAUAUUAUCAACAAACUUCCUAGUAAUACCGCACAGUUACAAGUUCAUUGUGCGUCAAAGGAUGAUGAAAUUGCAAAUGAGUAUCUUGCGAUAGAUGAAGACUUACAUUGGUCGUUUUGCGAGUCAUUUUUCGAAACCACUUUAUAUUUUUGUCACUUUUGGUGGGGUUCAAUGAAUAAGUCUAUUACAGUGUUUGAUGAUGCAGAAUUAUGUGUCCACAGUGCUCUCUAUGCAAAUUAUAAUAACAAUUGUAAAUGGGAAGUAAGGCAAGAUGGUUUUUAUUUAGAGAUGUACAAUAUUACUGAUGUUAAUAAUCCAUCAUUUUUUAUGUAUCACAUUAAUUAUUGGUCUUAAGGAAUUAAUAUAAUAUGGUCCA